GAAAUAUUAAUUCAAAUUAAUAUAAAAUAACUACAAAUCUUUCUUUUAUGUAAGAUUUUUGCAGUAUCUGUUACAGAUUUUUGGUAUCUUUAAAAGUUAGAUUUGAGAAACAUGGCUCCAAAAGGGAAUAACAUGAUUCCUAAUAACCAUUUCCAUAAGGAUUGGCAAAGAUUUGUGAAGACAUGGUUCAAUCAACCAGCAAGAAAAUUGAGAAGAAAGCAGAAUCGAGUUAAAAAAGCGAAAGCGAUUGCUCCUCGACCUGUUAAUGGACCUCUACGACCGGUUGUUAGAUGCCCAACAAUAAGAUAUCACACAAAAGUUAGGGCAGGUAGAGGAUUUUCUCUGUCAGAACUGAAGGCUGCAGGUUUGAAUCCAGCUUUUGCCAAAACUGUUGGAAUUGCUGUUGAUUAUCGUAGACGUAAUAAGUCUGUAGAAUCUAUUCAAAUUAAUGCACAACGCUUAAAAGAAUACAAAUCUAAACUCAUCUUGUUCCCAAUUCACAAUAAGAAGAAACUGCGCCCUGGAGAGGCUGAUGAAAAAGAAAGAAAGGUUGCAAGUCAACUAACUGGUGAAGUGCUACCAAUUCGUCAACCAGCUAUUAAAUCAAAAGCACAUGUUCCAACAGAAGAAGAAAAGAAAUUCAAUGCUUAUAUUACAUUAAGAAAGGCCCGAGCUGAUGCAAGAUUAGUAGGAGUCAGGGCUAAACGUCAAAAGGACGCAGCAGAAAAUCCUGACGACGUAACGAAAGCAGCGAAGGAGCCUAAGAAGGCAAAAAAAUAAGAUUUGAUCUUUUAGAUGUAAAUAAAAGACAAUAAAAAAGGAACAAAAAAUA